GACUUGCUUCUCACUGUUUAAACCAACAUCAAACGGCAAUGAUCAUCUAUCAGAUUAACGGUCGCAGUUCCCUUAAAGGUUUACUUUCUCUGCUUGUGUUGGUGUUUGGAGUUCAAUCCAGGGCUGGCGUGAUUAUGGCUAUGCCCAAGUGUGCCAACAAGGCUGGCGAAUGCCGGACAAUUUCUAUACAACAUUUUAUUCAAGGCCAACAUCUUAACUUCAGCACUAUCAAUAGCUGCCACACCUCCUCCAUAGUGACCCCUCAGAACAAGGAAGAUGCAUUACGUACCCCUCAUGAACGUCUACUGAGCCUCACAACUGUUAUCCUACAUUCCUGGCGAGACCCUCUGCAGUAUGUGAUCUCCGAAUUCAGUGCCACCCAUGGGAUUACCAACUCCUUAUUGAGUAAAUCAGUGAAGAUUGUCAAACAAGUGAAGCAACUUGCAAAAGGAUUGAAUAAGAUAACUGAGCAGAUUGGACAGCUUGGUGGAGCCAUUGAGCAGACAGUGCCAUGGGAACACCAUUUAGCUGAAGAUGGAGACUCAAUAAUGUUGCAACUGUACAAUCUCCUGCACUGCUUCCGGCGAGACACAAAUAAAAUUGAUACUUAUCUUAAGCUGCUGAAAUGCAGAUUCACCCAGCAAUCGAAAUGCUGAAAGGUCACUCUCAGUGAUGUGUUAGAAUUCUCAUCCUAAGUGUUCACAGCUCAAGCGUUGUCAUUUCAGCAGCUCUUAAUUGAAAAGUGAUAGAUAGAGCCAUAGAGUCAUACAGCAUGGAAAUAGACCCUUCGGUCCAACCAGUCCAAACUGAACAUAAUCCCAAACAGUUAAAGUCCCACCUGCCUUAUCUUGGCCCAUAUCCCUUCAAACUUUUCCUAUUUGUCUACUUAUCCAAAUAUCUUUUAAACAUUGUAAUUGUACUCAUACCCACCACUUUCUCAGCAGAUUUGCUCCACAGGCGAACCUUCCUCUGUGUAAAACAUUUGCCCCUCAUGUCUUUUUAAAAUCUCUUUCUGUUUUCCUUUAAAAUGUGCCCCCUAGUAUUGAAAUGCCCGAUCUCAGAGAAAAGAUACCUACCAUUGCCCUUAUCUAUACCCCCCACGACUUUAUAAACUUCUACAAGGUCGCCUCUCAACCUCAUAUGCUCUAGUGAAAAAUGCCCCAGCCUUUCUUUGUAAUCAAAUCUUCCACAGCUGGCAAUAUCCUGGUAAAUCUCUUCUGAAUUCUCUCCCACUUAAUAACAUCCUUCCUUGUGCAUGAAUUGCAGAAGGUUGGUUCGCAGGUGCAGCGGGAAAUUAAGAAGGCAAAUGGAAUUUUGUCCUUCAUUGCUAGAUUUAGUUUUAAAGCAGGGAGGUUAUGUUGCAGCUAUAUCAGGUGCUGGUGAGGUCACACCUGGAGUACUGUAUACAGGUUUGGCCUCUUUACUUGAGAAAGGAUGCACUGGCACUGGAGGGGGUGCAGAGGAGAUUCCAGAGUUAAAAGCAUUGUCUUAUGAGGUGACACUGAAUGGACUGGGAUUACAUUCAUUGGAAUUUAGAAGAACCAGGGGGGAUCUUACAGAAACAUAUAAAAUUAUGAAGGGAUUAGAUAAGAUAGAAGCAGGGAGGUUGCUUCCACUGGUGGGUGAAGCUAGAACAAGAAGGCAUUGCCUCAAAAUUAGGGGGAGCAGAUUUAGGACUGAAUUGAGGAGAAACUUCUUCACCCAAAACGUUGUGAACCUGUGGAAUUGCCUGCCUAGUAAAAUAGUUGAGACUACAUUGCUGAAAGUUUUUAAAGCUAAGAUAGAUAAUUUUUUGAAUAGUAAAGGAAUUAAGGGCCAUGGUGAGAGUGUGGGUUAGUGGAACUGAGGCCAUGAAAAGGUCAGCCAUGAUCUUAUUGAAUGGCGGAGCAGGUUCGGAGGGCCAGACGGCUUACUCCUGCUCCUAUUUCUUAUGUUCUUAUGUCAUAACAGGGCGACCUGAACUGGAUGCAGUACCCCAGAAGAGGUCACACCAAUGUCUUGUACAUCCUCAAUAUGACUUCCUAAGACCUAUACUCAAAGGACUAAGCAGUGAAGGCAAGCAUGCUAAAUGCCUUUUUCAACCACCCUGUCUAUACAGAUAGGCUAAAUAGAUGUGAUAGUGGGAACUGCAGAUGCUGGAGAAUCCAAGAUAAUAAAAUG